AUGAGCUUUUUAAAACUUUAUGAUUACCCAAGGGGACCCUAUCCAGCCCGUGUACGUAUAGCAUUGGGAGAGAAGGGCCUUCAAUCACAAGUGGAGUCUGUGUUUGUCGAUCUCAGAACUGGAGCACACAAGAAGCCUGACUUCCUCACUAAGAACUAUUCCGGAACAUUACCAGUCUUGGAAAUCGAGCCUGGAUUAUUCAUAGGUGAGUGCACUGCCAUUACCGAAUACAUUGAUAAUCUCGAUGGAAAUCCAAUACUCACGGGCAAAAGUCCUAAGGAGAAGGCCAUCAUACACAUGAUGAACCGUCGUGCCGAAAUUGAAUUGCUUGAUCCAAUCAGUGUUUAUUUCCAUCACGGUACGCCAGGUCUUGGUCCGCAUGUCGAGAUUUACCAAAACAAAGAGUGGGGACUCCAUCAACUUGCCAAAUCGAUAAAAGGAAUGCACUAUUUCGAUAGCUUUCUCAAAGGACAACCAUAUGUAGCAGGACAAUCCUUUUCAAUGGCCGAUAUCACAGUUAUCGGAGGCUUGAUUUUUGCUUCCCUUUUGAAGGUUCCAAUUCCAGAAGAGUGCGAGGCUCUUUUAGAAUGGUAUGCUAGGAUGCAGAACCGUGCUAGUUUUAUAAACAGGCUAGAUUUUUAG